AACCUCCCCCCCCACGCCCAGCUCCUGUCAGGGAGCUGCAGAGAGCCAUGAGGGCUCCCCUGAGCCUCCUCUUCUCCACACUGACCCCCCCCAGCUCCCUCAGCCGCUCCCCAUCACGCGUGUGCUCCAGAGCCCUCACAGCUCCGUUCCCCUCUCUGCACGCGCUGCAGGGCCUCCAUGUCUGUCUGGGAGUGAGGGGCCCAGCACUGAACACAGCGCUCGAGCUGCGGCCUCACAGUGCAGAGUGCGGAGGGACGAUCCCCCCCUCCUGCUGACCGCACUGCUGCUGGCACAAGCCAGGAAUGCCGCUGACCUUCCUGGCCACCUGAGCACACUGCUGCCUUGUGUGCGGCAGCUGUUGCCCACCACCCCUAGAGCUUUUUCCUCAACGCAGCUCCCAGCCACUCUGCCCCAAGCCUGCGGCACUGCAUGGGAUUGGUGUGACCAAAGCACGUGACCUGAUGCUGUAUUCUACUGGAUUACUGGAAGAUCUGGUUCCACGCGGGACUGUUUUUCCUGCUGUUUUGGACCAUGCGGCGGUCCCUAAAAAGGAACCAGCAUGAUGAUAGCAGCAGUGAGGAGGACAGCUCCAGCAGCGAGGAGGCGGCAGCAGUGGGCAAGCAUGAGGAAGGGGAGCAAGAGGAACAGGAGGAACAGGUGGAAGAGGAGGAACAGGAGUUAGUGGUAGUGACUGCAUUUAAGAACAGUGUUUUGUAGCAGAGAAUUUAUUCUAUCAAACAUAGCUAUUUUGCUCAUUGUAGCUGUUGCAGUUUCCAUGGAAAUAAACGGGAGGCAUUACUUUUGGAGCGACCUAUGUGUAUGCGGCCCAAGACAAUCCGUCUUCACUCAGUGUGGCCCAGGGAAGCCAAGAGGUCAGCGAGAGGAAGCUUGCACACAGAGAGUUACAGGACUGCUAUGCACCAGUGCAGACCAUGGCAGCCUGGGUGGAAUGGGAAACAGACGCAUUGUUGCUGUUCUUAGAAACAUAGACUCAUAGAGCCCUUCUGGUUGGAGAAGACAUCUAAGACCAACCAUCAGCCCAUUCCCACCAUGCCUGCUAACCCUGUGAGCACCUACCAGACAGCUUCUGGUUGUGGAUGCCCCACCCCUGGAGGUGUUCAAGACUAGGCUGGAUGGGACCCUGGGCAACUUGGUCUAGUGCCAGACCUGCAGGCUGGUGGCCCUGCUGGUGGCAGGGGGGCUGGAACUUACAGAUCCUUGGGCUCCUUUCCAAGGAUCUGGAACAUUCUAUGAUUUGAUGGUUCUAUGACAGUAACAUGGGAGCAGAGGCCAAUCCUCACUCACAACUACCCAGGGAGCUGUCACAUGCUUUGUAAAGAGCAUCCCCAGGAGCUCUGCCCAGAGAGAUAUGCCUCCAAACUGUGGCAGUACCGUGGCUGUGGCCACCUUGCGCAGCUGAGAGCGAAGGGCUGAAGGGUGAGGUCAGGCUGCCCACUGUGACAUCAGCAAGGAUGUCACAAUGCAGGGGAUGGUUUUAGGGCCGUCAGCAGGCAGUGCUGCUUCACUUUGGCCUGGGCCAUAGAUCAUGGCUUUGGUGUUGGUUCUCGCCUUGUUGGUGAGGGCGCUAAUUGUCAGUGGCAGUGACCAUGCGGUCAUGCUUGAGCGCGUGCAGCAGCACGAGAAAGAGCAGAGGAACGGGGAGCAGAGCUGGGUGGACAUGUCGGCUCUGCUCUUUACUCUGCUGCAUUACUGGAAGAUCUGGUUCUGUACGGGACUGUUUGUCUUCCUCUUUUGGAAUAUGUGGCGGUCCCUAAAAAGGAAGCAGCAUGAGGAAGGGGGACAGCAGGAACAGCAAGAACGGGAGGAACAGGUGGAAGAGGUGGAACGUGAGGAACAGCAGGAGCAAGUGGAAGAGGAGGAACAGCUGGAACGGGUGGAAGAGCUGGAACAGGAGGAUCAGGUGGAACAUGUGGAACAGGAGGAACAGGAGGAACGGGAGGAUCAGGGGGAACAGGUGCAGCAGGAGGAACAGGUGGAAGAGGUAGAACAGGAGGACGAGGAGGAAGAAUACUUCCAUCAUUCAGCACUGACCAGAUACAUUGCACGGCGUGCCUGGGAAAAGAUGCAAGGAAAGGCCACCAAGUGCGUGCUGGUGGAGGAGCUGAUGAGCGACCUGCUGCAGACCUACACAUUUGUCUGUUCAAACAGCUUCUACCCGGUGCUGCAGCCUGCCAUUGGGGUGGGCAGCGCCUUUGAAGGCUGGAGUCCCUGUGAGGAGGACAUUGUGUACCGCCUGCUCGUGCCCAUUAAGGCCCCCCAUGGGCACGUCUUCCACCCGGAGCUGGGUGAGGAAGGGGAGGUGCUGGCAAGGAACUCCCGCAUCCGUGUGGAGCUGGUGUGCAUGUGCACAAGGGAGCAGCAGCUGGGGGACGUGCUGUGCUUCCUCCACCACUCUGAGGAGGAGCUGAGCCAAAAUCAGCAGCCCAGCCUCCUACAGACGCUCUGCACCGGCUCCUACCUGGAUGUGCAGAAAACUGCCGCCUGGUUCAACAAGCAGGUACCAAGAACCUGGAGGCUCACGCACCGGGCACACCGUUACGGCCUUAAGGUGCUGCCCUCCAGCCGCUCCUGCAAGCUCCAGGUGACAGACACCUCCAGCGGGGAAAAAGUCCACGUUGAGCUGCUGUUCGGGGUGCAGCAAGGCAACCUGGACAUCUUCCUGAGCAGCCAGAACGCAGAGGCCGUCUUUACGCCCAGCACAACAUGGCCGCAGAGCUGCGCUGUGGCGGAAAGGAAGUACUUCGAGUACGUGGCCAGGACCGCUGGACCCAACAGCUGCCACCUGGUCUGCCUGAGGCUCUUUGCUCACAUCCUGGUGGGCAUGGGCUUUUCCACCUACGCCAUCAAGACUCUUCUCCUCCACCUCCUAGCCAUCAUCCCUUUGGAGGACUGGCGCAGGAGGCAUUUCCUGAGCCGGCUGGAGAAUCUCCUGCAGUACCUGCAAUACUGCCUGAACGAUAAAGUCCUGAACCACUUCCUCCUUGGCAACGCGACCAUGCCUGACGAGGUUGUCCUGCCGCAGGCCUUCCAAACAGCCAGCCCGCUCAACCUCUUCCAGCACCUGGAGCAGGACCCGGACGCCCACUCCCGGGUGCUGCGUGACUUCAAGGAGCUGAAAGAUCGCCUCUUCAGACUGCUGCUGUUUGGACGCUGAAAGAGGCGUUUGUCAGAACCCUCCUUUCUUGGGCUCAAAGCUCACAUGCUGUGAGCAAUAAGACUCUGAGCUAUCUAGGAGGCCAGAGGUGGGUGUUGCCGUGUGGCAGUCAGCAUCAGGUUGUGGGCAGUUUACAUCCAAAAGGAUUUCUUUGGAGAGAGUUUGCCGGCUAAAGAUCUGGGCUGAGACCAAAUGACUCCAGCUUGGUACAGGAGAUUUGGGAAUAGUACCAUUGUAUCCUGUGAAGGCAAGACGCAAGUGGGCACCUCCCUGCUCCCUCUUAUCUGCUGGCAAGGCCCAGAAGAUGGGAACAAAAGGAAGAAGCUGUCACUCCAAAGACAGCCAACUCGGCCACUCUGGACUUACAUUAAUAAGGCUGUCCUGUCCUUGGAAAAAGUCAUCCUUGUCGUCGUCAAGCCAACAACAACCUCCGACGACCCAUCUCUACGGAAGGUCAGCAUCGGAACUACGAGCUAUGCUGGAAACCCGGUGGUGGCUAAUUCUCUCUUGCUUUCUACAGAGACUCUUUGCUUUUAUUUCCAAUCUCUUUUCUAUCGCCCGACUUCCCUUGCCCAUCUCCCUAAACAACUAGGAUUUGUAAUAAAGUGGUCGGGCUAACAUUUCA